GCCGCGCGGCGCGUCCCGUGGCCCGACGGGCGCGGCCCCGGUGGGCCAGCCAGCGAGGCCGCGGAGACGGAGGACGCGCCCGCGGGCCACGCGGCCUGGGGCAAGGUGCUCUACGAGCCGUCGCGGGCGACGGUCCGCCUGUAUCUGAAGUCCCUGGGGCUGCCGGGCGGCGUGGAACGCUACACCACCACGGCCAAGGCCUGCGGGGGCAGCGCAGAGGAGGCGCUCCGCGUCGCGCGCCUCUGCUGGGUGCGGUUUUCGGAGGGCGCCACCAGGGAGGAGGUGAACGCCUACAGGCAGCGCCUGUACGACGCGAUCGCUUCGCGCGGGGCGGGCGCGCCCGCGGGCGAGCCGCCCGCCCGGAGGCCUGCGCCCAGGAAGGCUGGCCACAGGGCGGCCGCGGGGCGGGCCGGGUCGCCCCAGGGCAAGGCGGGCGCCGCCAGCAGCAGCAGCAGCAGCACCAGCAGCGACGACGCCGGGGAGCACACCUCCGGCGACGAGGCGUCCAGCUCCGCGGCCAGCGGCGCAGCGGCUCCGCUGGCCGGGCCGGGCGCCGCCGCCGCCCCGGCAGCGGGGGCGCGGGCGGCCAGGGCGGCGCCGCAGCGGGCGUGCGCGAAGAUGCUGGUGCGCUCUGGUCUGCGGUGCGUCUGCCACUUCGCGCUGCUGCGGGUGUUCUUCCAGAUACUUUUCGUCGGCAGCGGUCUGCUAUUCCACCACCGCUGGACGUACACAUUGCUGGACCUGUCGGUCGAGGCCACGAUGCGGCCGUGGCGCGGCGUCGCCACCGAGGCCGCCGCCUCCGUGGGGGGCGACCCCGAGUUCGCAGCGAGCUCGCGGCAGGGCGCGCUGGGCGCCGCUGGUCCCAGCUACCUGCCGCCCACCGUGGCGGCGCUGCAGCCCGCGCCGGCCGCGCCGCCGCGGACGCCGUCGGCGUCCGCGGGGGGUGGCUCCGCGCCGCGGGGCGGCGGAGGUGCUUUUCUUUCCAUGGAUGCCGUCUCGAGCUACAAGCGCUCCUGGAGCAUUCAGGAGUCGCUGGACCAGCACGCGACCCUCUGCAGACAGAAGGAGGUCCUGGAGAAGUUGGCCUCCGACCGCUUGAACAUGCGGCGCACGCAGCUGGAGUUCGCCAGGCUUGAGGUGGAGGACUCGCUCGAGCGCGCGAGGGCCGUGUCGCCCGCGGACGCAUCGGACCCUUCGAG